AUGGACACUUCGUCGCACAGUAAACCGUCGAGUAGCUCAGCGAGCCCUUCGAGUCAUUCACCGAGUCCCGCUUCUGUUGCAGCGCCACGGAAAACACGAGAUUCUGGCUUGUGCAUGACACAAGAUAUUCCAGAAAUUCCAGCACAUUGUAUCGAUAAUUUGAAUAGUCAUCAACUGGGAAAGGGUACUUAUGGAGUUGUUGAGAAGACAAGAUACAGGAGAUCGAGAAAUCAUGAGUAUAAACCCGCCGCAAUUAAAUACUCGUCUCCGAUUCAUCUCAAUACCCUUAUCCGAGAAGCGAAAGUGAUGUGGGCUUUUCGAGAUCAUACAAAUAUCAUAAAAAUCUACGGACUCUACAGAUGCCCACGUCACGGUCAAGGAGUCGUUAUGGAGUAUAUGGAUUGUGGAAGCAUGGCUGAAUUAAUCUACGAUCGAAAAUCCAUCGACUACACAAUCGACCAUGCAGCUUCGUGGUUGUUUCAACUGGCGUCUGCAGUGCAUACAUUCCAUUCGAAUGAUCAAGUUCAUCGAGACUUGAAACUUCAAAACAUGCUUCUCUGUGAUCGAUAUCGAACAAUGAAAUUGUGUGAUUUCGGAACUUUCACAACAAUGCAUCAAUCGAUGACUUCGAAUCGUGGAACUCCGAUAACAAUGGCUCCAGAAGUGUUUCGAUGCGAGGAUUAUAACACAAAGUCCGAUAUCUACAGUAUUGGAAUCAUAAUGUGGCAAAUUAUCGCCCGAAAUCAUCCUUACAACAGAAAUUUAUCAGUUCCUGGAUUAUUGUACAACGUGGCGACGGCUAGUUUGAGACCGCCCGAUCUGGAAUGUAAUCCUAUUUUAUCUGGAUUUUAUAAGAGAUGUUGGCACGAUGACCCGGAUACAAGACCGACGUCAGCAGAGUGUCUCGAGUAUUUUGGCUUGUUGAAAACUGAAUUCCCGAACGGUAACAUUCCCCUAGCCGAUACUCACACCAAUGGUCCUGCCGCAACACCUCCACCUCGUGCAUUCCGCCCAUCUGGCCUCGGAUCCGCAUCUGGAAGUGGAUUGGGAUUGGGAACGAAUGGACGGACACCAACCGCCUCGAAUCAUUUAAAUGCACCACAACCAGUGAAUACUCAUCGAAGGAAUCGAAGCGAGACGAUUAUGAUGAAACCGGAACUUCCGUAUCCAGUGGUUCCGGGUGAAUCUGCUUCAACGGGCGGCGCGUUUCGAGGUCCAAGAUCUCAAAGUGAGGCGAAGAAUUUGCGAGAUGCGACAAGAGCAAGAAGUGGGCAAAGACCACAUCGAGACGCUCCUCCGCCUCCAUUCGACAAUCGACGAGAUAGCAAUGAGGAGGAUAGAAACACGGCUUUCUUGGAAGCAUGCAGAAAUGAGGAGACGAGACCAGUUGAGCCGGAUACGAGAGAUGAAACAUCUCUAGGAAUAUAUCAUCAACAUUGUCAAUGUAAUCACGAGUAUGGAGAUGUGAUUGUAUUGAAACGAGAGGUUAUGAGAGCAAAGUGA